AUGGCUGACAAGCCGAUGGAUCAGCUGGAUAUCCCAGCGGAUCUUACUGUUGACGGUCCUGCGGAAGCCUCAACCACACGGUCAGGUCCCCGCAGACUCCCCAAGAAACGAACUAAGACCGGCUGUUUGACUUGUCGGAAACGCCGGAUCAAGUGCGGCGAAGAGAAGCCAAUAUGCACCAACUGCGUGAAAUCCAAGCGAAUCUGCGAGGGAUAUGCCCAACGGGUCGUGUUCAAGAACCCCAUAGGAAUCUUUGGAUCUUUCAGUACUGGCCAGGGCCAAGAUCCGCAGAUAGAGCAACAACAUAUGAGGACUCCAAUCCCCAACGACUAUGGCUCUCAACUCCCUCCCCAACAAGCGGCAGCCGCUGCUCAGCAUCCAAUGUUAGCUCCGCGACCUGUUGAUCCGGCAGCGAUGGGAUAUCACUCCUUUUCGUCACAAAUACCUUCGUCGAGUCAAAUACAGCCGGCCAAUGCAACUCAAUUCUAUUAUCCAACAACCCAGGUGCAGCCACCAACUCAUAUGUGGCACAAUCAGCCGAUAGCUCAAAUGGAGAGCACACUGGUACCGCCAAAAGCGAAUGACUUCUCACAAGCACAGCAGCAGCAGCAGCCAGUUCAGUUGGGACAGACGAGCGCUGCACAUAGGCCCCAUUCAAGCGUACACAACGUAGGCCAAAUCCCCAGCCCCAUCGGCCAGACGGCUGAAGAAUAUGCCUUCAAUCUCUCACCGGUACCUGGCCUCAACCCAAUGGCGGGAAGCAGGGAGAGCGAGCUGAAUCUGGUUCCUCAGAUGAUCCAGCCGCUACCAACGAUAUAUCAUUACCAGCCACCGCAAGGACAAUUCCCGCAGCAAUUACGACCUGAUGACCAGUUUAUACCCCAUGAAAUACCCCACCAGCCACAAGUCAUAUACAUGGAGGAUGAAAGCGAGGAUUAUUACGACAUAGACUCGGACGAUGAGAUGGCAGAUCAAUCGCAGGCCGAAGGCUUUAACCAGUUGAGUCUCAUCAUGGCCUCUGCUAACCGUGACGAGCGACAACUCCGCUCCUUCACGACAUACCUGAAUGAGCCCAAUGUGCUCGCCUCAUACCGACCUACACUGGGCUCUUCUCCCUUAAACAACCCAAAGACCGCCCGCAUAUUUGCCCACUUCAUUCACUCGACUGGUCCAUCUUUGUCUAUAUUUGAACGGCACCCUACUGACUCCUCAAUCGUUCUGGGGGCGGCUGUGCCAUCUGCACAACAGGGUCUAUGGGUUUAUACACUUGCACUGAAAGCCUUGGAACAUCCAGCCCUUCUCCAGGCGAUACUUGCCGUCAGCAGCUUACACAUUGCAUAUUUACAGCAAGUUCCCACAACAGUAUCGCUGAAGCACUAUCACUACGCCCUGAAACGAGUUGGUUCCGCAGUUGGCCUUCCCCUUCGACGCAAGCAAGUUGGUACCUUGGCUGCCACUCUUCUACUGGGCUACUAUGAGGUGAUAUCUGCCGAUCACUCGAAAUGGAAUAACCACCUGGGUGGGUCCACUCAUCUUAUCCGGGAGAUCGACUUUGCCAAGACCACCAGAGACCUACGGGCCCAUCGACGUAGAGCUCAUGAGCAGCGACGUCAGUCUGGCUGGUCGGACUCGUGGUGGGGGAUGCCUGGCGAUGUCUCUGAGGAUGAUCCCUUCUCUGAGAAAGAGGGCAGCGUCGAUGAAGAUCUCGUAAGCGCCAUUAUAGGACAAGCAGUCAAUUACGACGAUUUUGGGUGUAUUAAUGAUGAGAGUACGCUGCCCUCCAAAAAGCAUUUUACACGCAAGGACAUUGAGGUCUUCCGGAUUCAAUGCGAUUUAUACUGGUGGUAUGCAAAGCAAGAUGCAUUCCAGAGUUUUAUAGGCGGAAACAAACUACUAAUGCCCUACUCUCAAUGGGGUCAAUGUCCGCCUCGAGCAGGCAUUGGCCGUUUAGAUGCCAUCUACGGCUCUGCAGAUCACCUGUGGCUGCUACUCGGUCGGGUCACAGACUUUGGCUUCCGUGAUCGUAAGCGAAAAUUGAGAACCCUGAAGGCAGGUGGGGUGGAUUGGAGGCCUGGCCCUGAGAUGUUCAAAUUCAUGGGUCGGUUCGCUGGUGGCCCACCUGGCCAAAGACCGGGACCACCUGGCGGCUUCGGUCCAGGGGGGCCCCUGGCCCUCCAUCUGGCCCACCUAACAUGCAGCCUCAAGGGGACCCCAGGGCUCCAGCCUACUGGAGGGUCUCCUUCAAGCUCUGGACCGGCUUCGGUCGACAGUCCACCCAUGUACGGAAUGAUACCCCCUCAACCACCUCCACGCCUUCCCCGGGGAUUCCAAGAUAGACCGCAUGAGCCUCGUUUGUCACCAGACGAGGAUGACCCGGCUCACGAAAUGAGUUACAAGGAAGCUGAACAGGAAUGGGAAGAUAUCCUAGUCGCCAUGGAAACAUUUGCGCAAGCGCUGGGGCGCGAUUUCCAACCUUUACCGGCAGAUGUAGCGCCCCCAAUCACUACACCGUUCGGUCCUGCCCUUCAGUACCGUACGCACACCAUCGCCGUGAUCUGGGGGUUUUAUUAUGCUAUGCGUUUGCUGCUGAAUCGGAUUCAUCCCUCCAUGCCACCGGCCAUCAUGAUGGCAGCUGGGGUCUCUGCUCCAACGACAACUGGAUUCGCGCAGAUUGUCGGGAAGAUCAUGGCAGGUAUCUACUACCCGCAACGCUUUAACCUGGAAGCUGGAAGCUUGAGUCCGAACUUGGGUUCUUCGUUGACUGAAAUGUCGGUACCUCUAUUCUUCGCAGCUGUACAAUAUAAUGAUCACACGCAGCGAACUUGGACCAUUUCAAAACUUCGCGACAUCUCCCGCCUGACUGGAUGGAAGACCGCGGAUGCUAUUGCAGGUGGCUGUGAGAAAUCAUGGAUAGUCGCUGCAAAACAAGGUCGUGGGCCACCCUAUCAACGAUCAUUCGCGACUGACCGAGAACGAGAAAGGGAACAAGAGCGUGAGACUGAGGCUGUGCUGCAAGAGGUUGAGGAUCGUCGAUUUGUCACAGUCAAGUCCGAUCGCGCGCAUUGGGCUAUGGGAGUGUCCCCCACAUUCAAUAUCCGACCGACCCAAUGUCAUCACUGA